UUCAUCUCUCAAAGUAAACAGGACAAUGUUCUGCUUUACUGGAAAUGAGCAGGUGGUGUUGUGAGACUGGAGACAUUGGGGGACUCCUGAACUCUUCUUGUUGAGGAAUUUCCGCCCCGCUGCUGAAUUUAAGACCCUAUAUGUUCUGGUUCAUGACCAGAAGAGAAGCCUGACCUGGGAGCGACACAUCAUGAAGUUUGAUUUGGCUGCAGCUUCUUUGGCAUCGUUCCUCGUCUUUCUGUCUCCAGCUUGCUGCCAGCAGUCUGUGAACUGCAGAUGGGGUCAUUACGGAGAGUGGUCCGAGUGUGACAGCUGCACCAGCACUAAGGUGCGUACUCGCCACGUGGAGGUGUACGCCCAGUUUGGGGGCGUGGCAUGUUCAGGAGAAGCCGCUGAAACACAACCGUGUGUUACGCGAAAACGUUGUCCCCUGGAAACGGGCUGUGGAGAAAGGUUCCGCUGCAGAUCUGGUCAGUGUAUCAGUCGCAGUCUGGUGUGUAACGGAGACCACGACUGUGACGACAACCUGGACGAGACAAACUGUGACCGAGACGACCAACCGUUCUCAUGCGACCUCGACAAAACGCCUCCGAACUCUGACUACACAGGCAGAGGGUACGACGUGUUGACGGGGAAACUGAGAGCAGGCGUGAUCAACACUCGGAGUUUCGGAGGUCAGUGCAGGAAGGUGUUCAGCGGCGACCACAAAGUCUUUUACCGACUUCCGCAAAGCGUCCUCAGGUACAACUUCGAGGUGACAGUGGACAACGAAGACAGUGAUGAAUCGUACAACAGCUCCUGGUCGUACACUCAGCACAUCCAGGCCAACUCCAUGUCUGCACACGACCGCCGCACCUUCCACAAAGAGCUCACUGAGCAUAAGGCAUACAGAUUAAUAGUCCUGAAGAAUAAAGUGGAACUGGCCCAGUUUCAGAACUCCGCCCCUCAGUACCUCCCUCUGUCCGAAGGCUUCUGGAAGGCCUUGUCCUCGCUGCCGUUCACAUACGACUACUCUGCCUACCGCCAGCUGCUCCAGAAGUACGGCACGCACUACCUCUCCGAGGGCUCGCUCGGCGGCGAAUACCAAGCCUUGUUGGAGUUUGACCGCCAGGCGUUCACCUCAUCCAGUACGACAGAUAUCGAGUACCAGAGGUGUUGGACCAAGACGAAACGUCGCUGGUUCCGGAAGAAAAAGAAAACCACGUGUGAAACACUCAUGAAGUCUUUCUCAUCCAGGGACGGACACAAAGUGAAUAAAAUGCCCAUUAAAGUCAACAUAUUUGGAGGAGAUCCGUCCUUCUUCGGCGCUCUGAGUAUUCUGGAUCUGGAAAAGCCAGAAGCUAACGGAGAGAUCUAUGAUAACUGGGCCUCGUCAGUCAAAGACUUCCCUGACGUCAUAAACCAGAAGCUGCGUCCUCUGCACGAGCUGGUGAAGGAGGUGCAGUGUGCAGGUUUGAAGAAGCUGCACCUGAAGCGAGCCACAGAGGAGUACCUGGCCGAGGAGGAUCCUUGCCACUGCCGUCCAUGCCACAACAACGGCCAGCCGCUGCUGAGCGGCACCGUGUGUCGCUGCGUCUGCCGGCCGGGAACCUCGGGACCGGCCUGUGGGACUGGAGCUGUGAUCGGAGAGCAACCAGGGGUGAUCCAUGGCGGCUGGAGCUGCUGGUCCUCCUGGGCUACUUGUUCUAGAGGUCAAAGGUCAAGAACUCGCAGCUGCAACAAUCCCGCUCCAAGCGGAGCUGGACACCACUGCACCGGACCGCCAGAGGAGCAUAGGCCUUGUGAGGACCCAGACAUCCAGUAUCUACAGACGAUGGAGCCUCAGUGCUUCUCUCUCUCUCUGACGCCCCCAGAGACCUGUGGUCCACCCCCGAACCUGAGAAACGGAUUCAUCCAGAAUCCCAAAGACUUGUACAUGGUUGGAAGCACGGUGGAUUUCUCCUGCAUCGAGGGGUAUUACCUCAGUGGACAAGCUGCCGCUCGGUGCACUGACGACAAGACGUGGACGCAGGGGACGUGGGUUUGUAUAAGAUCCAUGUGUCGGUAUCCACAACUCAGCGGGGACGUUUUGGGCACGCCCACCAAAGUGUCCUAUGGGAUUGGAGAGACAGUGUCCCUCCACUGUCCUGCGGGGUCGCUGCUGGACGGUGAGGUGUCAGAGGUCAUGUGUACUCCCAGUCUGCAGUGGUCUCCGUCUCCUGCAGGCGUUCGUUGCAAAGCAGCGCCAACAGCUCCCACUCCUCCGCUCGGUCUGAAGUGUAAACCCUGGGAGAAAGUAGGAAAGACCGGGUGUGUGUGUAUGAUGCCAUCUGAGUGCUCGACUUCACUGCCGUUGUGUGCCGAAUUUGUCUCGACUCAAACCCCGCGGCUGCUCAGCCUGUGUCAGCUCGGCGCUCUGCGGUGUAUCGGACGCAGCUUCGUGCUGAACACUGACACCGACUGUCGAUGGCCACCGCCGAUUUUCACGUCCUGCGGGGACUGUCUACCAGGGACCGUCUGUCACAGUUCAGCUAGAGAAUGCAUUUGCCAGAAUUUGCCAGAUUGUCCCCGAGACUCCCCCCCCCUGUGCAUUAGCUCUGAUGUGGCCAGGACCAUGACGGAAUGUGAGGUGGGCGCCAGGAGGUGUGCGGGGGAGCGGUUCAACGUGACCGGCAUCGACUCUUACGGCGCCGACGGAGCCGGGCACGACAGAGCCGCGCCGGUGGAGCGGACUCUCCGGAGCUUCGGAGGCUACCUGAGCCUCCGGAGCCCCCCCCCCUCCACCAGAGAAGCGGGAGGCUCUGUAGGAGGAGCACUUCCAACAGCAGCCUCGGGCUGGGCUGCUCACGGAAGCUCCCCGCCAGUGCGACACAUCAUGAAGUUUGAUUUGGCUGCAGCUUCUUUGGCAUCGUUCCUUGUCUUUCUGUCUCCAGCUUGCUGCCAGCAGUCUGUGAACUGCAGAUGGGGUCAUUACGGAGAGUGGUCCGAGUGUGACGGCUGCACCAGCACUAAGGUGCGUACUCGCCACGUGCAGGUGUACGCCCAGUUUGGGGGCGUGGCAUGUUCAGGAGAAGCCGCUGAAACACAACCGUGUGUUCCGCAAAAAAGUUGUCCCCUGGAAACGGGCUGUGGAGAAAGGUUCCGCUGCAGAUCUGGUCAGUGUAUCAGUCGCAGUCUGGUGUGUAACGGAGACCACGACUGUGACGACAACCUGGACGAGACAAACUGUGACCGAGACGAGCAACCGUUCUCAUGCGACCUCGACAAAACGCCUCCGAACUCUGACUUCACAGGCAGAGGGUACAAUGUGUUGACGGGGAAACUGAGAGCAGGCGUGAUCAACACUCGGAGCUUCGGAGGUCAGUGCAGGAAGGUGUUCAGCGGCGACCACAAAGUAUUUUACCGACUUCCGCAAAGCGUCCUCAGGUACAACUUCGAGGUGACAGUGGACAACGAAGACAGCGACGAAUCGUACAACAGUGCCUGGUCGUACACUCAGCACAUCCAGGCCAACUCCUUGUUUACACACAACCGCCGCACCUUCCACAAAGAGCUCACUGAGCAUAAGGCAUACAGAUUAAUAGUCCUGAAGAAUAAAGUGGAACUGGCCCAGUUUCAGAACUCCGCCCCUCAGUACCUCCCUCUGUCCGAAGGCUUCUGGAAGGCCUUGUCCUCGCUGCCGUUCACAUACGACUACUCUGCCUACCGCCAGCUGCUCCAGAAGUACGGCACGCACUACCUCUCCGAGGGCUCGCUCGGCGGCGAAUACCAAGCCUUGUUGGAGUUAGACCGCCAGGCGUUCACCUCAUCCAGUACGACAGAUAUCGAGUACCAGAGGUGUUGGAAGAAGGUGAAAGGUUUUUGGUUCUGGAAGAAAGUGACAAUCAGAUGUGAAACACUCAUGAAGUCUUUCUCAUCCAGGGGCGGACACAAAGUGAAUAAAAUGCCCAUUAAAGUCAACAUAUUUGGAGGAGAUCCGUCCUUCAUCGGCGCUCUGAGUAUUCUGGAUCUGGAAAAUCCAGAAGCUAACGGAGAGAUCUAUGAAAACUGGGCCUCGUCAGUCAAAGACUUCCCUGACGUCAUAAACCAGAAGCUGCGUCCUCUGCACGAGCUGGUGAAGGAGGUGCAGUGUGCAGGUUUGAAGAAGCUGCACCUGAAGCGAGCCACAGAGGAGUACCUGGCCGAGGAGGAUCCUUGCCACUGCCGUCCAUGCCACAACAACGGCCAGCCGCUGCUGAGCGGCACCGUGUGUCGCUGCGUCUGCCGGCCGGGAACCUCGGGACCGGCCUGUGGGACUGGAGCUGUGAUCGGAGAGCAACCAGGGGUGAUCCAUGGCGGCUGGAGCUGCUGGUCCUCCUGGGCGUCUUGUUCUGGAGGUCAAAGGUCAAGAACUCGCAGCUGCAACAAUCCCGCUCCCAGCAGAGCUGGACACCACUGCACCGGACCGCCAGAGGAGCAUAGGCCUUGUGAGGACCCAGACAUCCAGUAUCUACAGACGAUGGAGCCUCAGUGCUUCUCUCUCUCUCUGACGCCACCAGAGACCUGUGGUCCACCCCCGAACCUGAGGAAUGGAUUCAUCCAGAAUCCCAAAGACUUGUACAUGGUUGGAAGCACGGUGGAUUUCUCCUGCAUCGAGGGAUAUUACCUAAGUGGACACGCUGCCGCUCGGUGCACUGAAGACAAGACGUGGACGCAGGGGACGUGGGUUUGUAUAAGAUCCAUGUGUCGGUAUCCACAACUCAGUGGGGACGUUGUGGGCACGCCCACCAAAGAGUCCUAUGGGAUUGGAGAGACAGUGUCCCUCCACUGUCCUGCGGGGUCGCUGCUGGACGGUGAGGUGUCAGAGGUCAUGUGUAGUCCCAGUCUGCAGUGGUCUCCGUCUCCUGCAGGCGUCAGUUGCAAAGCAGCGCCCACAGCUCCCACUCCUCCACCCGGCCUGAAGUGUAAACCCUGGGAGAAAGUAGGAACAACCGAGUGUGUGUGUAAGAUGCCAUCUGAGUGCUCGACUUCACUGCUGUUGUGUGCCGGACUUGUCUCGACUCAAACCCCGCGGCUGCUCAGCCUGUGUCAGCUCGGCGCUCUGCGGUGUAUCGGACGCAGCUUCGUGCUGAACACUGACACCGACUGUCGAUGGCCACCGCCGAUUUUCACGUCCUACGGGGACUGUCCACCAGGGACCGUCUGUCACAGUUCAGCGAGAGAAUGCGUUUGCCUGAAUGUGUCAGAUUGCCCCCGAGACUCCCCCCCCCUGUGCGUUAGCUCUGAUGUGGCCACGACGAUGACGGAAUGUGAGGUGGGCGCCAGGAGGUGUGCGGGGGAGCGGCUGAACGUGACCGGCAUCGACUCUUGUCCAAACUAAAGAAUGUUGUUUUAUUCACCUGUAGAUCAAACAGGAAGCUGUUUCUUUCCGAUAUGACUACAUUGUAAAUAUAGGCUAAAAUAAAUUCUAACGAUUAAUUAAUGUAAAUAGAUUCCUCUGCGAUUCUGUGUUUGUUUUUAUAUUUGUCACAGAGGAUAGAUACGGUAGAACAAAUUAAGGUUAAAAGGAUAAAUCUACUUUGUGUAAAGUUAAUGAAACCCUUUUCAAAAUAAAAUGUCGUUCACUUGGUUUUGCUAAAAUGUGAAAUAUUAUAUUAAGUUUUCAUCCAUCAGAUUCUGAGCCGGCGAUUUUUCAAAUCACCAGUUUCAAAUUAUCCUUAUUUUAAAAUACCAUGUAACAUUGAUAAUGUAGUAAUUAUAUUAUUUAUCAGGACAUUUUGCCUUUGAUUUCUAUUCAAGUGUUGUUACUGGGCCUUCUAAGAACUACUGGACGCAAAUGGGUAAUAUUAAUAUUAAUAUUUAAUCAAUUUGUGACAAAGGUGGUGAAGACAUCAACUCCCAUGAUCCCACGCUGCUUCACGACAUCAUCAACUAUAGGUGUUCUGUUAUUGUUUUGAUUGAGAGACCCCUAGUGGACAAAGUUACAUAUCGUAUAUUUAACUGAAUAAAGAAAUCGUGGUUUA